AUGAAACAAGAGGCGCCAAAAGCUAUCAAAAGGGAAUCAAAGAGGAUCUCAAGCCAUCGACAAAGAGAACAACAUGCUUGCUGUCUCCACCUCGUUCCCGAGAGAGCUGGAGGACCGAUUUUCUUCGGUUUUUGA